CCCAUCUCUAGUGCUCUUGAAUUGUACGCGCUUACACAAAUGGAAACCGAAAACAAUCAACAGAAAGAAACGGUUGGAAAUAACAUUAAGGAUGAGAAUGAUGUUACUGAUAGUGACGGAGAUGAUGAUGGCGACAGUGAGGAUGUGUUUCAUUUUGAAACGGAGCACUUGGCGCUGCGUGGCAAUCAAUGCUAUAGCAACCUCUUACGCACUAUAGCCACGCUGCAAGCGCAACGGAUUCGCGUGCAUCAACAAAUUGGGGAACUUGAGAAAGCGCGCGAUAACUAUCUGGAGAAUCCACAACUAUUGCUGGAAAGAUUGCGCAACAACGAGCCUGUGAUAGCGCCCAAUUAUUUAACCACUGUUCGCCUGCCCGAGUUGCCCACGUUAGCAAUUAAGCAAGAUGUUAAAGUCGAGGCGCCUGCGCCCAUUUCCCAGCCGACUGAGGAGGACAAGAAUAAUAAAAAUGGUAGCAAGACGCAAAGUCGUUUGUGGACAAAUGAGGAGCAGCGUCGUCUGGAACAGCUACUCAUCGAGUAUCCUCCCGAAGAGGUGGAAAUGCGACGUUUCGGCAAGAUCGCCAAAGCUCUAGGAAAUCGCACACCUCAACAGGUCUUCAGUCGUGUGCAAAAGUACUUUCAGAAGCUUCAUGAUGCCGGCAUGCCCGUGCCCGGUCGUUUGCCCAAGUAUCGCCGUUCUGGUGGCCCAAGCCGGCCAAAGUUCAACGUGCGCCGAUCAACAUUCUUUCCGGCCCAGAAUAUAGAGAUACAAAUGCCCGAGGAUGAAUACACAUUGGAUGAGCUCAUGCCUGUUGCGCCAUCUUCCACGCUGCCGCCACCGCCGCAAAUAAAAAUUGAACCAAAAUUGGAACCAGAUACGCUGGAAACUGAGACGCGUCGUCAGAAACUGCUGCAACUAAAAAUACUAACGGCCAUACGAGACGAGAAGCUGCAAACGGAGGAUGGCUACAGUCCCGACCCACUGGCGCCCAAGUGUGCCGAAUGUGAGGAGUCGGCUGUAACGCGCAAGCGUUGGCAUUGCAACAGUUGCUAUAGCUAUUUAAAUCUAUGCGGUGACUGCCUAGCCCAUCAAUUGGUCACCGAACAAUUUGAGCAUAUGAGUCAUGAUGUGGUCGAGGAUCAGGAGGUGUAACAUCAAUGAUCACACUGACGAUCAAAUAUUGUAAAUAAACCCUAAGAACAUAAGAUAAACAUGUAGAGUUUAGUUUAAGAUAAAGUUUAUAAUAGGGGAACAUGUUAUGUUCCACCUGCCUUAUAGAGAUUAUAUUUCUUUAAGUCUUCGACAGUCUGACGCUAUCUUUCUGUGUCCGAUAUCGAACUGAUACAUAACGAUAUUCUGAAUGUGUAUAGAUAUCAUUCAUUUUCUGUUAUCAUAUU